AUGGCAGCCGCGGAUCUAUCUACUCUGGCCGAUCUUCCUAGACUUCCUGGUAGAGAUUCCCUUUUAGAAAAGCUAAAAACUGCAUUAUCACUUGCAGAGACUCUGAAACGGGAGAACGAUGUGUAUAGAGAUAAUUUCGAACAUUUGAAAGGCGCGCAUACACGAUUGCAGGAGAAGCAUGCGGAAACUGCGUCUGAAUUAGAUAAUAUAGCUAGAGAAAAGGGCAUAAUAGAGCAACAAUCUACAGAUACUGUGUCACAACUACAAAUACAGUAUGAUGCCAAAGUUCGUGAAGUGGAAGAACUCAAGAGACAGAUACCUCAACCAAAACAAUUAGAAGUCAUGAGACUAAAGAUGGCCGAAGAGCUUGAAGAUGUACACAAGAGGAAAUGGAAAUCUCUUGCGGAGGAAACGGAUCGAUUUAGGGACCUGUACCAUAAGCUAAGGAGAGAACACGAGCUCAUGAAGACUGAAACGGAGCACAUUAAAACGGAGACCAGCACCAUAGUACGAGAAUUGAAUGCCUCUCACCAAGAGGAAAUUUCGAACUUGGAAAGUAAAGUUUUAGGAUUGCAAGAAUCAUUAGCAUCGGCACUCAACACGGACAAACUCAGAAUCUUACAACGUGAAAACACGGAACUGAUAUCCACGGUUCGCAACCAAUUACAAGAGAUUGACCAAGUCAGAGCUCAACGGGAUCAAGCAAGAACAACACUCGACUCCCAAGAACGCGUCAACGCCCGAAAAUUGUCGGAUGAAAUAACCCAUUCCAAGACAAUUGCGAGUGAACGAGACAUUAUGGCUUCAAAAUCCACGACCCUCGAAACCGAAUUACGAAACUGUGUGAAACUGCAAGAGACACUUGUGUAUGAGAAUGCGGCGCUCAACAAGGAGUUGGAUAAGGCCAAGAGUCGUAUUGAUGAGAUAUUGCAUCAGAAUGCAAUUGAAACAAGUGAUUUGAAAAUGUCAGUAGUGAAAGAACGACAAGGUCUUGAAAAAGAGAUUGGUGUGUUGAAGAUCAAACUAUCAGAGCAAAAAAGUGGAAGCAAAGUUCUUCAAGAAACCGUCGCAGACCUGAAAUCAAGACUAUCAGCAAUGGAAGCACAAGGUCUCGCAAAUGUUCGGUCAGCAAGAGAAGAAGAAUGGGCCAAGCUAGCCAAAGUGGAAGGUGAAAAGGCUGACGUUGAACGGACAAUACUUUCACUCAAGACUCGACUGCUGGAUGUUGAAGCUAAAGAUGCUGAGCAUCUGCGUGAUUCAAGCAACGAAAUAUCCAAGCUCAAGAAAGAAAUUCGAGACACUUCAGUCACUUUGGAAGAAACCACCAAGCAAUUGCAAGUCACCGCGACUGAAAAGGAACGACUUUGUGCAGAGACAUCAGCGCUUGUUUUACAUGUCAAGGAACUGGAGUCGACUAUUGCUGAUUUGAUGGCUGAGUCUGAAGCAUUGAAACGUGGAGAGGUGUCUGCGAGGGUACGACUCACAUCACUUGAAUCAAGUUUACAAGCUGCUCAAUCCGAAGUAUCGCAUAUUUCAGAUCAAUUGGAAAAGGAACGAUCGUCGUAUGAAACUAAUUUGGAUCGUCAGAGAGGAUCAAGAGCACUCGAAAAGGGUGCUUUCGAAGGCCGAAUAGAAGCUCUAGAACGAGAAAACACGACAUUGAGGGAUCGUAUUGCUGGUCUUGAUGCCAAAGUGUCUUCACUGCGUGGGAAGGUGAAACAACAGAAAGUUGAAGCUUUAACGUGGAAGGGACAUAUAGAAGCUGAAAAGGAUAAGACGGAUAAGCAGAUGCGUGAGUUCCUUUCAGUGCUACAAACGGAAUUGGCUGGUGUUUAG